CUUGAAUGACGGAAGGAAGCGCGGAUCCCGAUGUCGCCACCGCCUCGGCGUUUACAAAAGAACCAUUGAGAUCAAAGGUCGCGAUUGAAGGACCUGAUGUUCAUGUGACCUUCGGCCAGCUGGGCAUGGACAUCGCGGCUAUGCGAGAUAUACUGCUUCUUGAGGGCAUCACGUGCGUUGCCAUUGACCUUCCGUUUGGUGUGGCUCAAGUUGUCGCCAUGUGUGGUGCGAUUGCCGCCCAGGCUGUAUACGUCCCAAUAGACGAAACGCAAUCCGUUGAGCGCAACACUUGGAUAUUACAAAACGGUUGUGUCCAGGCGAUGCUGUGCCAUACCGACUCGCCGACGAUUGCCCUGAUUGGGCUGGUGGACAAGGUCGUGGCAGCGCUACCACUGCACGAGACAGUCUUGGUCAAAGGGGCAACCCAACCAAGUACCACCAACGAAUUGCUGCAGGACCCAGACGGGAUGUAUAUUCUGUUCACCUCGGGCUCCACUGGGGUGCCUAAGGGAGUCGUGGGGAGUCGUCGGGCAACAAAAAAUCGUCUACAGUGGAUGUGGGAAGCGUAUCCAUUUCAACCCGACGAGAAAGUCCUUCGAUCGACCAAGCUCACGUUUGUCGAUGCCAUCUGGGAGAUCCUAGGUACUCUGUGGCGCGGGCAAACACUUGUGCUGUUGCCGCACGCGACGUCAACGCCUCCGCUGAUUGCCGACGUUGCGCACACGAUGGCGAUCAUUGAGGCGUUCCAGGUGACUCGUUUGACGGUCGUGCCAAGCGUUCUCCAAGUACUGCUGAGCGUGUUGAAAACGUUACCAUCGUCUAUCACCACAGUCCUGGUCAGCGGUGAGACGCUGACGGGGGAAUUGCUUGGGCGCGCCAUGCAAGCGGCCCCAACGACGAGAUUCAUCAAUCUGUAUGGUAGCACCGAAGUAAGUGGUGAUGUCACAUUCGCAACGUUUUCGCUCGCGACGACGACAUCCGAAGAACGAGAACUGUGGCAGUGCUACGGCGUCCCGAUCGGCAAACCGAUCCAUCAAGCCAAAAUCAAACUUGUACCGCAAGAAGGUGGAGACAAUGCCUCGAAUCAAGGGGAAUUAUGGGUGGCCGGCGCACCGCUGGCGCUGGGCUACUUGAAUCCAGCUGACACAAGAGCCAAGUUUGUGUGGGAUAGCUCUGGCAAUGUGUGGUUGAGGACUGGCGAUGUGUGCUGCUGGCGUGGCAAUGCUCUUUUCUAUUGCGGUCGCGUCGACAGUCAAGUCAAGAUUGGAGGAAUUGCAAUUCACUUGGAGGCUGUCGAGGUAUGGCGUUCGCUCGCUCAUGUACAACAAAAUGUGACAGCGGCUUCCAGGCGUGCUUUUACUCAUUCAUGGCAGAACGUUUUGCCAAUUUGUCUGUUUACCGCUUCUCAUACACGACGCGCUUUGGAACAACUGUUUCGCACCCAUGUCGCUGUCGCCACUCGUGUAAUUCCCAUCGAGUUUGCCGACUUUCCGUACACGUCAAGUGGCAAGAUCUGUCGACGACAACUUCGUGAUCGCCUCAACGAGGUGAACUCUUCGGCGGCAAGUGUGCCACCGCAGGACGUUGUGGACUCCAUUUUGAUGGCCCGUGUGGAGAGUGUCCUGUCAAAACACGUCGACUUGGACGCCUUGACACUCGCCGAAUUGGGCGGCAACUCCCUCGUUGCUACGAUGGUGCAGCACGACCUUCGAAUGCAAUGCGGGGUGGAAUUGCAGCUUGCAGACAUCGUGCAGAAAACAGUCGGAGAACUGCGAGCAAUGGUGCCACGCAAAUGUCGACAUAACGAGAGACAGCGGCCGUUGUCCGAGCAGCCCAGCGACGUCGGUGACACGACCCACAAAAGGCUCAAGCGCGUCAAAGUCGUCGCGACUCGUUGGGAUGUGUAUGUAGCAUGGUCGGUCGAAGUCAAAAAGUGCAUCGAUGCGACUCCCCUCGUGAUUGCCACACCGAGGCCGAUGGUCGUCGUGGGUUCGCAUGACCAUCACGUGACAUGCGUCGACAUUUCUCCACCACACGACAUCUUGUGGCAGACAGAGCUCCCCGAUCGCAUCGAGUCGUCGUGCGUUGCAUUGGACGACCGCAUCUACGUUGGCUGCUACGACGGGCAUCUCUAUUGCCUUCGCAGCAUGGAUGGCAAGGUGCUGUGGUCCUUCGCCACAGCCGAUCAAGUCAAGUGCACACCACUCGUCGUUGCAAGCAAGCGCGUGGUGGUUUGCGGCUCACACGACCACCACGUCUACGGACUCGACGUGCAUUCCGGGGUGUGCGUGUUCAAAUUGCCUUUUCAGAACGGGAUAUACUCAACGCCAGCGUUUGCAAACGACAUGCUGUUUUGUGCGUCGAUCGGAGGGGACUUGCGAGCGUACGAGUGGUCGUCGCUGCAAGCGGCACCUGGCCAUGACCCGCCACCUCCCAUCUGGACCCGUCAGUUUCAAGCGCCCGUCUUCGCCAAGUUAGUUGCAACCGAAGGAGAUGUACUCGUCGUUGCAUGUGCCGACAGCUGCGUGUACGGCAUAUCCUCGCUAACGGGGGCUACCGCAUGGACUGCUCGCACAACCAAGCCCAUUUUCAGCACACCGUGCGUCGUUCCCCAGUCGUCUCCACCGCGCAUCGUGUUCGGCUCGCAUGACGGGAUCCUUCGAUGUGUCGAUUUGACGAACGGCAAAGUCCUCGCUUCGGUCAACCUAGAUGACGCAAUUUUUGCUUCCCCUACCAUGUUGUCCCGAGGCGAACACUGCGGUGUAUGCACAACGACAGGCAUGUUUUACGUGUGGGACACUACGUCACCCACGUGGCAGUCGAGGGUGGCCCUUGGAGGCCAUGCGUUUUCGUCUCCCGUGCUCCAUUGCGACGCAGUGUACGUCGGCACUCGGGCCAACCACCUCGUAUGCCUUCGCAAUCGACUCGAUGGAAAAUAG